AUGCCGUUUCCGAGGCGGCACAUCGAGCACCACAGCAGCCUGGUGCGUAUAUAUUCAGUGACGAUGGUGAGCUCGUCUGGUCCGGGUACACCUACUUCUCGACCUGGACAGGGAACUUCCAAGCCGCGCGGUUGGAAUGGCCAGGAUGUUCUAGCUGCAUUCGAAGGUGCGCACAAUGGACUCUACGGCUAUGGUCAUGGUCACCAUGUGCUCCUCAAUCAACGGUAUGAGACGAUCAAAGAACUCCGCGCGGGUAACCAUCUGCUCUCCGAUAAGCAUGAGUUCGAGAUCUUGAACGAAUCGACCGUUUUGAUCCAGAUCCAUCACCCGGAAGUGCGAGAUCUGAGCAAUUACACAUCCGACCGACGGCAACAUUGGAUUGUUAACGCAAUAUUUCAAGGUUAG